AUUUUUUAAAAUUUUCAAAUUUCCCGCCGCCGGCGGCGCCCGUACGUCCCGACAUCACAGGGACCGGAACACAGAAGCCAGAUGCCGGCAGCGGCCGGAGGAGAUGGCUGGGGACGCUGCAGGGGACACAUCGUGGGAGCGAAGGACAAGGUAAGUGAAGAACACAUGCCGGAGCAGUGCCGCAUGGUAUUCCCGAGUGUAGCUCGGGGUUACCGCUUUUGGUACUGAAAUGUUACCCCGAGCUACACUCGGGAAUACCGCUAAGGAGGUUAAGAGC